AUGCUGCUGCUGCUGCAGCGCCAGCAGCAGCAGCAACGCCGUGCUGCAGCAGCAGUUAUUUGCUUCCAGGCACAAUCUCGGCAGCAGACAGCUGCUGCGCUGCAGUGUACCAGCAGCAGCAGCAGCAGCAGCAGCGACGACACCAACGGCAGCGCAGCAGCAGCAGCAGCAGCAGCAACGGCACAGGCAGCGCUGCAGCAACAGCAGCAGCAGCCAUACAAACACUCCGGUGGUCCUUUUGAAAGCCCUGCGGACUACAGUGUCACAAGCAGGGGCUCUAGCGCAGCGCAGGACCAGCAGCAACAGCAACAGCAGCAGCAACAGCAACAGCAGCAGCAGCAGCAGCAGCAGCAGCGGCGAGAGCAGCAGCUGCGGAAAGAGCGAGAGCCUUAA